AUGAUUUCCUGGAUUUUUCUCACUUGUGUGAUUUUUAUCAUCAUUUCGUUUCUCUGGAAGAAACGAUGGUUGUUGUAUCACGCUUGGAAAAUUCCUGGACCAUUCUCGGUGCCCCUGCUAGGAAGCGCAUUCCUGUUGUCUGCAACAAAAAAUGAUUUUUUCGACCUGAUUUAUCGAACUCUGGACUCCUGUAGACCAGUUACAAAAUUUUGGGCAGGUUCACAGUUGUAUAUAGCGACCACGCGACCGACAGAUCUAGAAAAAAUAUUAACAAAUUGUCUAAGCAAAUCGCCUUUUUACGACAAUCUUGGUGGUGUAAUAAAAAACAGCCUGCUGACACUAAAAGUCAGUCUCUGGAAAGAACACCGCAAAAUGAUCAAUCCUUCUUUCAAUUCGAAGAUUUUAAAUUCAUUUCAUGACGUAUUUGUCAAGUAUUCAAAGGAAAUGGUGAAGUUUUUGAACGAUGCGGACGGAAGUGAACAAGCGAAUCUCGUUUCAGUCAUAUGGGAGAAAACACUGGAUAUUUCUUUAACUGUCACGAGAAUCGAAGAAAUAUUUAUAGAGAGAUUUCAUAAAUUCUGGCUUCUGAUCGAUUUCGUUUGGAAGUUGUCCAGCUUACACAAGGAAUAUCAAGCGGCUUGUCAAACUAGUCACGGAAUUGCCGAAGACAUAAUAGCAGAAGAACACAAAUCGUGUGGAACCGAAACCAGAAAUACUCUCUUGUCUGAAUCAAUACAAUUUUCAGGUGAUAUUAUUCGAAAUGAGCUUUUUUUGCCUCGUUUGAAUACAUUAAACCAUUCCAACCAGAUCACCCGGAAAGAAAUUUUGGAAGAAACAAGCUUGAUGUUUGUAGCAUCGAGUGAAACGACAGCACUCACAGUCAAUAUGGUUUUAACCAUUUUGGGAAUCUAUCCAGACAUUCAGGAGAAAGUAUUCCAGGAACUCGUCUCGGUUUUACCAACCAUCGAAAAAGAUCCGACUUUGAAAGAGAUCAGUCGUCUGGAUUAUCUAGACCGCGUGAUCAAAGAAACUUUGAGAUUAGUUCCUAUAGUUCCUUUCAUCUUGCGAUUUACCGAUGAAGACAUUAAAUGUGACUCUUAUGUUUUCCCUGCCGGAUCUAACAUCUUGGUUCCUAUAAUACUACUACACAGAGAUCCAGACGUGUGGCCCGAACCGGAAAAAUUUAACCCAGAUCGGUUUCUUCCCGACGAAGUUGCAAAAAGACAUCGUUGUUCAUACAUUCCUUUCAGUUUUGGUAGUAGAAAUUGCAUCGGUAUGGAAUGA